AUGGACCCAAGUGGGGUCAAAGUGCUGGAAACAGCAGAGGACAUCCAGGAGAGGAGGCAGCAGGUCCUAGACAGAUACCACCGCUUCAAGGAACUCUCAACCCUUAGGCGCCAGAAGCUUGAAGACUCCUAUCGAUUCCAGUUUUUCCAGAGAGAUGCUGAGGAGCUGGAGAAAUGGAUUCAGGAGAAACUACAGAUCGCAUCCGAUGAGAAUUAUAAAGACCCAACCAACUUGCAGGGCAAGCUUCAGAAGCAUCAGGCCUUCGAAGCUGAAGUGCAGGCCAACUCAGGAGCCAUUGUUAAACUGGAUGAAACUGGAAACCUGAUGAUCUCAGAAGGGCAUUUUGCAUCUGAAACCAUAAGGACUCGUUUGAUGGAGCUGCACCGCCAGUGGGAGCUGCUUUUGGAGAAGAUGCGGGAGAAGGGAGUCAAACUGCUGCAGGCUCAGAAGCUGGUGCAGUAUUUGCGAGAGUGUGAGGACGUGAUGGACUGGAUCAAUGACAAGGAAGCUAUCGUGACUUCUGAGGAGCUGGGCCAGGACUUGGAGCACGUGGAGGUUUUACAGAAGAAAUUUGAAGAGUUUCAAACAGAUAUGGCUGCCCAUGAAGAAAGAGUUAAUGAAGUGAACCAGUUUGCUGCCAAGCUCAUUCAGGAGCAGCACCCCGAGGAGGGAACCAUCAAGACCAAGCAGGAUGAAGUGAACGCGGCCUGGCAGCGGCUGAAGGGACUGGCCCUUCAGAGACAGGGGAAGCUCUUCGGGGCGGCUGAGGUUCAGCGCUUUAACAGGGAUGUGGAUGAGACUAUCAGCUGGAUUAAGGAAAAGGAGCAGUUAAUGGCCUCUGACGAUUUUGGCCGUGACCUGGCCAGUGUUCAGGCUCUGCUGCGGAAGCACGAGGGUUUGGAGAGAGAUCUUGCUGCUUUGGAGGACAAGGUCAAAGCCCUGUGUGCCGAGGCCGACCGCCUGCAGCAGUCCCACCCUCUGAGCGCCGCGCAGAUUCAGGUGAAGCGAGAGGAGCUGAUUGCCAACUGGGAGCAGAUCCGGACUCUGGCAGCCGAGAGACACGCCCGCCUCAACGACUCCUACAGGCUUCAACGCUUCCUUGCUGACUUCCGCGACCUCACCAGCUGGGUGACUGAGAUGAAAGCCCUCAUCAAUGCUGAUGAGCUCGCCAAUGACGUGGCUGGGGCUGAAGCCCUGCUGGACAGGCAUCAGGAGCACAAGGGUGAAAUCGACGCUCACGAGGACAGCUUUAAAUCUGCAGAUGAGUCUGGACAGGCCCUGCUUGCCGCUGGCCAUUAUGCCUCAGAUGAAGUGAGGGAGAAGCUGAGCGUCCUGGCCGAGGAGCGGGCCGCCCUGCUGGAGCUGUGGGAGCUGCGGCGGCAGCAGUACGAGCAAUGCAUGGACCUGCAGCUCUUCUACCGCGACACCGAGCAGGUGGACAACUGGAUGAGCAAGCAGGAGGCCUUCCUGCUGAACGAAGACUUGGGAGACUCCUUGGAUAGUGUGGAGGCACUCCUCAAAAAGCACGAGGACUUUGAGAAAUCCCUCAGUGCCCAGGAGGAAAAAAUUACAGCACUGGAUGAGUUUGCAACCAAGCUGAUUCAGAACAACCACUACGCCAUGGACGACGUGGCCACCCGCCGAGAUGCGCUGCUGAGCCGCCGCAACGCCCUUCAUGAGAGAGCCAUGUGUCGCCGGGCCCAGCUGGCGGACUCUUUCCACCUGCAGCAGUUUUUCCGCGACUCCGAUGAGCUCAAGAGCUGGGUCAAUGAGAAGAUGAAAACUGCCACAGAUGAAGCUUAUAAAGACCCAUCCAACCUACAAGGAAAAGUACAGAAGCAUCAGGCUUUUGAGGCUGAGCUCUCGGCCAACCAGAGCCGCAUCGAUGCCCUGGAGAAAGCGGGGCAAAAGCUGAUUGAUGUCAACCACUAUGCCAAAGAUGAGGUAGCAGCUCGUAUGAAUGAGGUCAUCAGUUUAUGGAAGAAGUUGCUGGAAGCCACUGAACUGAAAGGGAUAAAGCUUCGCGAGGCGAACCAGCAGCAGCAGUUCAACCGCAAUGUUGAGGAUAUUGAGCUGUGGCUGUAUGAAGUGGAAGGUCACUUGGCUUCGGACGAUUAUGGCAAAGACCUUACCAAUGUCCAGAACCUCCAGAAGAAGCAUGCCCUGCUGGAGGCGGAUGUGGCUGCUCACCAGGAUCGGAUUGAUGGUAUCACCAUUCAGGCCCGCCAGUUCCAGGAUGCUGGCCAUUUUGACGCAGAAAACAUCAGGAAGAAACAGGAAGCCCUCGUGGCUCGCUAUGAGGCUCUCAGGGAACCCAUGAUUGCCCGGAAGCAGAAGCUGGCUGAUUCUCUGCGUUUGCAGCAGCUCUUCCGUGAUGUCGAGGAUGAGGAGACAUGGAUUCGGGAGAAAGAGCCCAUUGCUGCAUCCACCAACAGAGGCAAAGAUUUGAUUGGAGUCCAAAAUCUGCUAAAGAAGCACCAAGCCCUCCAAGCAGAAAUUGCUGGGCAUGAGCCCCGCAUCAAAGCCGUUACCCAGAAGGGGAACGCCAUGGUGGAGGAAGGCCACUUUGCUGCAGAGGAUGUGAAGACCAAGCUCAGCGAACUGAACCAGAAGUGGGAGUCACUGAAGUCCAAGGCCUCCCAGCGGCGGCAGGACCUGGAAGACUCCCUGCAGGCCCAGCAGUACUUCGCCGACGCCAACGAGGCCGAGUCCUGGAUGCGGGAGAAGGAGCCCAUCGUGGGCAGCACCGACUAUGGGAAGGACGAGGACUCCGCGGAGGCUCUACUGAAGAAACACGAAGCUUUGAUGUCGGAUCUCAGCGCCUAUGGGAGCAGCAUCCAGGCUCUGCGGGACCAGGCUCAGUCGUGCCGGCAACAAGUGGCCCCCAUGGAUGAUGAGACUGGGAAAGAGCUGGUCUUGGCUCUCUACGACUAUCAGGAGAAGAGCCCUCGAGAGGUCACCAUGAAGAAAGGGGAUAUCCUCACCUUACUCAACAGCACCAACAAGGACUGGUGGAAGGUGGAAGUGAACGACCGGCAGGGCUUCGUGCCAGCUGCGUACGUGAAGAAGCUGGACCCCGCCCAGUCGGCCUCCCGCGAGAAUCUCCUGGAGGAACAGGGCAGCAUCGCCGUGCGGCAGGAGCAGAUUGACCACCAGACGCGCGUAACUAAGGAGGCCGGCAGUGUGUCUCUGCGUAUGAAACAGGUGGAGGAACUGUAUCACUCUUUGCUGGAGCUGGGCGAGAAGCGCAAGGGCAUGUUGGAGAAGAGCUGUAAGCGGUUCAUGUUGUUCCGUGAGGCGAACGAGCUGCAGCAGUGGAUCAACGAGAAGGAGGCGGCCCUGACCAGCGAGGAGGUGGGCGCCGACCUGGAGCAGGUCGAGGUGCUGCAGAAGAAGUUCGAUGACUUCCAGAAGGUAUGAGAGGUCUUGCGUCUGA